AUGUUGGUCAGUAGGGAGAGGAGGGCCGGUGGUGGCGGGCGUGGUGGGGCUGACGAUGCCGCGCUACUGCCUGUUCGGCGACACGGUGAACACGGCGUCGCGCAUGGAGUCGACCGGGGAGCCGCUGCGCAUCCACAUCAGCCCGCACUGGGCGGCUACCUGGUGGAGGAGCGCGGCCUCGUACGUGACGGGGCUGCGAGCCCUGGGCUCUGA